GAAAACAGGACAGUCUUCGUAAGUUGGGCUUUGAUCUGUUCUCCUCAUGAUCGUAAUCUUUGUGUGUGUGCUGCUGGUGCAGGUGUGCGGCUCUGUCCCACUAGCUGGAUGGGUUCAGUCUCCCGGUUAUCCUUUUGGAUAUGACCCACAUGCCACACUUACAUGGAAGCACUGUGCUGCACCUGGACACACACUCAUGCUCAGCUUCUUUCACCUAGACCUGGAAGACAGCGAACAGUGUGAAAAUGAUGUUGUUAAGGUCUUCGCGGGCAAUGUCCUUCUCACUAAACUCUGCGGCAGAAUGUCAGCUCAACAUCUGCUAUCCUCUGUCAAUCCCUUGCUCCGUUCCUCCUCUGGAGGCUGUCUCUCUCUCUCCUUUGAGGCAGAUUUCUCCAAUCCAGAAAGGCACACUGGCUUUAGAGCCUUCUAUAAGGAGCAGGAUGUUGAUGAAUGUUGGGUCCACGAACCUGAGUGCUCUCAUUUCUGCCAUAAUUACAUUGGAGGAUACACCUGCAGCUGCAAGCCAGGUUACUACCUCAGUGAAGACCAGCACACCUGCAGUGCAAACUGUACAGAGGAGCUGUUUGGGGAGGGUGUACUGACUCCAGUGGGCAGCCCUGGCCCCUACCUGGAGAACUCGUUCUGCACCUACACACUGGCUGUGCAGGAGGGUCAGCAGCUGGUGCUGAGCUUCGUCGGGGAGUUUGAUGUGGAGAGCAGAGAUGGGCAAUGCAUCGACACUCUAACAAUAAAGACAGACUCUGCGGUGUUCGGACCCUUCUGUGGUCAGACAGCUCCACCUAAAAUCUCCACUGGUGCUCAGCGUGUUCAGAUUUUCUUCCAUACAGACCAGGGAGGCACAAAUACAGGUUUCACCCUCAGUUACAGAGCUAAACCAAUGCAGUGCCCUGGAAAUGUGACAGCCAACUCCAUUCUUGCACCUCAAAGAUCUCAGUAUACCCCAGGAGAUACAGUCACUGUGCAGUGUGUGACUGGACAUUCAUUGGAGAGUACACUUCAGCAAACCUUUGAAUCCACAUGCCAGAAGAGUGGGAGGUGGAGUCCUGUUCGCUACUGUGAACCUAUAGACUGUGGGCCACCCAACUUUUCAGAUCUGAUUGUCCUAACAGAGGAGGAUCCAGUUACCACAUACAACCACAAUAUCAGCGUCAAGUGUCUGUCAGAGUACUACGAGCUAAUCGGAGAUGCUAACUUCAUUUGUGAUGCCAGUGGUACCUGGGUGUCUGAAAAGGCACAGACUAAGCCACUGUGUCUUCCAGUAUGUGGCAAGAAUACCGCCUUUUCUUCUGGGAGGAUUUUUGGAGGAAGAAAGGCACAACCAGAAGAGCUUCCUUGGCAUCUACUGAUUAAGGAGCCCCAGCGAGGAGGUGCUUCGCUGAUCUCUGAUCAGUGGGCAGUCACUGCUGCUCACGUGGUGGACAGAUAUGAAUCAGACACACUGAUAUUUUACGGAGGAAUUACUGAUGGGAUGGACAGAAAUGCUGUUUUAAUGGAGUCUGAGAAGAUCAUAAUUCAUCCUGGUUUUGAAAAGAGGAAGCCAGAGCAGGACCACACAAACUAUGAUAAUGACAUUGCCUUGGUGAAAAUGUCUGCUAGAGUGUCACUUGGUCCUAACAUCAGGCCAGUGUGUCUGCCAAACAAAACUAAUAGUCUGCCAGAGCAAACUGCUAGACUAUCAAUGGAGGGCAAGAUGGGAACAAUCUCAGGGUUUGGAGGAAGAUCCGAAACUUUGACAAAGGCUCGAUAUUUGCAGUAUGGUCAUGUGAUAGAAUAUUCAGAAGUUCCUUGUUUUCCAAACAAUCUGAAGGUCACUGAUAAUAUGUUUUGUGCGGGAGGAAAGAGUAAAGAGGUGGAUAGCUGUAAGGGUGACAGUGGGGGCCCCCUGGUCGUCCCAGCAGUAGGGAGUGGGUCUCCAAACACACGCCACCAGCUCAAGGGUAUUGUGUCAUGGGGUCCUAGCAUCUGUGGAAAUGAACACAAUAAGGGCUAUUAUACCAAAGUGGAGAACUACCUGGACUGGAUCAUGGAAACCAUGCAGAAAAAUUAACACUGACUUUGUUCAUUACAGAUCAGUCUGUCACACAUCAGUCUGUCACAAAUAACAACUUCUAUCAGUCUGUCACAUAACCCCAUUUAUGUAAGUCUGUCACAUAACCACAUUUAUGUCAGUCUGUCACAGUCAACAUAGUCUAAUGAUUGUUGGUUUUCAGUCAACAUGGUCUUAUGAUUGCUGGUUCCUACAGAUGUAUGUUAUGGAUAGAAGAAUUUUCAGGACUUGUGUGAAAUUAAAUAAUAUCUGUCUUGUUAAUUACACAGCCUAUGAUUCCCUUGAAUGCUCAUGACAAAUUCUUUGAAUAUAAUUGGGUUAAAUAAAAAUAUUUCAUUAUA